AUGGAUACGGCGAAGGUGGCGGAGCUGAAGCAGUUCAUCAGCCUGUGCAAGUCCAACCCGGGGGUCCUGCAAGAUCCCUCCCUGAGCUUCUUCAACGACUACCUCCGGAGGUAUCUGGGCUGCUUCCCGUGGAUUAUUUCCUAUCUCAAACUGUCGAAAAGUGUAUGCGACCUCCGAGAUUUUCAGUCGGUUAGUCUGCUGACUGGAGCAAGCUUCGUGGUUUCAGCCUCGGCGCCGAAAUCCCUCGGGACAAGGAGUCGGUGAGAUUUUCAUAGUCUCUCUCUCUCUCUCUCUCUGCGAAUCUAUUGAGCCAUUGGGGAAGAUAUUUAUGAUUCGAGUAUGUUUUUCCUGCACUUUACUGCUCUAUAUUUCUCCGUUCCUCUGCGGUUAGAAAACGGCCAUGCCGAACCAUGGAUUUGGGCUAACUGAGAUGUUAGGAGUAGAAGUGGACAACGAAUGAUUAUACAGAUGCGAGUUCUCGCGGGAACUAAAACGCUGCCAUGGGGGGCGUUAGCUCUAUCUGUGUUUCAUCUCCCCUGUAGCUCUUCAAUGUCGUAGGGUGCAUAAUCUCACCGUUUAUCUUAGCUUUGCAUCUUCAUUUGAUAUGCCCGCGUAGUUGAGACCUUCAAGAUGAAUCCGGAAUGGUUGGGGAUUUUUCUCCUCGGAUCUAUAAAGUGCCUAUUGAACUAUGUACCUCUUCAAAGUCUCAUCUGCUCCAGUUCCGUGCGAUCAUAUCGAUCACAGAAAACUUCGUGAAAUAAACAUUUCCCUGUAGUUGAGAUCUUAGACUCCCUGCAACCGGAAUUUCUUCACAUACUCCUGUAUCACCCGGGAGUUUCCGAUGGGAAACCAUUAGACUUUGAUAGCGCAGAGAAAUUUAAGUUAGAUUAUUGGUGGCUUCAGUUUGGUAGUUACAGUUCCUGAGGAAAAUUUUCAAUGCCAUACUUAUCACCAAAAAAAAAAAAAAGAAAAAUAGAAAAAAGAGAGAACAUGUUUGAGCGUUUACAGAGAUAUGCUCCAAGUAUGGAAGGCUAAUACUGCUCAAUCAAAAUCUUGAAAAGGCUAAAAAUAACUCUUCUAUGCGCAUCAGGUCAGUAGACUCUGUCUGAUGGAUGAAACGUCUUUCAGUAUGAAAAGCAAACAACCUGACGAUCUUUUUGGACAGACUAUAAAUAUGCUUUCUGUGAUAGCCACUCCUUUAGAAAAAUACUUUUUCCAUUUUGAAGGGUUGUAACCUAUUUCUCUCGAACUGAAAUUGGGAGGGGAUGUAUAAUUUUCUCGCUGUUUCAAUUUUUUUUCAUCUAUUCAUGGAAUAAACCUCUCUUUGCUGCAGGUUGAUCACGCGAUGGGUGAAAGUGGUGGUGCUUCCGAUGAUGAAAUUAUUGAAUCAGACAUUGAAUUGGACGAGGCAUACCUUGAAACUGACAAUGAUCCUCCCCAGCAGGUUAUUUCUAUGAAACUGGGAUGCUUUUUCUUCAAUUUUUCACUCUACAAACAUCAUAAUCAGUGCAUAUCACGUAGAACAGACCACAAAAUUUAUUGAAUACAGUGAAGUGAUACCUAUAUAAUUUCUUGUGUGUUCAGAUGGGAGAUCCAUAUGUUGAGGUUUCUGAAGAGAGCCGUGAUGCAGCUCAGCUAUCUAAAGCGAAGGCUAUGGAUGCACUCUCUGAAGGCAGAUUAACCCGCUCUCCACAGAGAUCAUGUCUCUCAUAUAGAGUGGUUCUCUAUGGUCAUCACAGUAAAGUUCAUUUAUUUCAGGUAAUCUGGAGGAAGCUGUCCAGCAUCUCACAGAAGCUAUCAUAUCUAACCCAACCUCAGCCAUCUUACACGCAUCCAGAGGUGAACCACGUUACUUCAAGUUGGAAUAUUAUCAUUCUAGACGUCCCUUUUCUUUUCUCUACCGAGUUCACUGACAUCUAAGUCCUGCUCGUAGCAAGUAUUUUUCUGAAAAUGAACAAACCAAAUGCGGCGAUCCGAGAUGCAGAUGCGGCUCUGCAGGUGUUUCGUGCCUCCAUCAGUUGAAUUCAUUAAAUUGUGUCGUUGCCUAUGAUUUUCAUGCUUAGGAGUAUUAAUUUCUUGUACUUUUUUUUCUAGAUUAAUCCCGACUCUGCAAAGGGAUACAAAUCUCGGGGCAUGGCGAGGGCAAUGCUGGGCCAGUGGGAAGAGGCAGCCAAGGACCUGCAUGUGGCUUCAAAUCUGGAUUAUGAUGAGGAGAUUGCCGCAGCUCUGAAGAAGGUAGCCUCCUAGAUUGUGUAUAAUCAUGGGUUCAGCCCUAUUAUGAUCAAUACGGAGCCGUUCUUAGGUGGAGAUUAUUUCCCAUUCUUAAGAUCGGACUUAUUGGUAAGAAAAUCUGCCCAGUCUUUCUCAGGCUAUUCAAUAAAAUUUCAGGUCGAACCUAAUGCACACAAAAUUGAAGAACACCGAAGGAAAUACGAGCGCCUACGUAAAGAGCGGGAGAUGAGGAAAGCCCAGCGUGAGAGGCAGCGCCGACAGGCUGAAGCAGAGGUAUCUUUGGGUUUUACAUGACAUUCUUGUGAAUCCGCUUAUUGUUUUUAUAUUCAUACAUCAGUCUCCUGAAAGUUGCUUUCAAACAGGCGAAAAGAAGGGAGCAAUCCUCUGCUCCGUCACCAGAAGGUAUGCUCCUCAUUUAGAUUCCCUCCUCCCAUAAGUUAUUAACUCUAUUAAUUCACCCUUUUGAAAGGAAAAUAAGAUACACAUAAUCUUAUUUAAUAUUUAUUUUAAAAAAUUAGCCUCACUAAUGUGAAUAAUCCCCUUUAGCCUCACUAAUGAAAAUAUGAUUUCCAGCUUGAAUUGAGGGCCCAGGCCUAGGAAAGCCCGGGCUGCUGAUAUCUACAGAUGCAUGGGCAGGGAAAGUUCUGGGCAUCUACUCGGCAGCGGAGCUGGAAGUGAAGAUGGCGGCGGCGGCAGGGCAGUCGCAGCUGGUGGUUCUGUACUUCACGGCGGCUUGGUGCGGGCCAUGUCGGUUCAUGGGCCCUGUGUAUGAGAGCUUGGCAGGGAAGUAUCCAGGGGCUGUGUUCAUGAAGAUUGACAUAGACGAGCUUGGGGAGGUGGCCGAGAAGUGGGGCAUCAGCAGUGUGCCAGCCUUCUUUCUCCUCAAGGACGGCAAGGAGGUCGACCGGGUGGUUGGCGCCGACAAGGCUGGGCUUGAGAGGAAGGUUGCGUUGCAUUCCAGUAAGUAACAACGAAGAGAAGUGCGAAAAACUUUUGACCUAAGUGCCCCAAAACUAAAAUAUGAAAAUAUCCAAAAAAGGCCAAAAUCAGAUUAUAUGCCCAUUAUAAAGACGGACUCAAACUCAGUUUAUAUUUUUUAUUUCUGCUUUCUAUUUUAGGGUAGGAUCAGAAUCUGUUUGCUUCUACGCAUGUUUAAAGGCCCCCUUGUUGUAACCUCAGACAAUCUUAAAGACUAUGAAUUUCUGGUUCUCUUUGAAAAUAUUUUGAGUAAUCUUGUGAGUUGAAGGGUGUUAUUCUGAUCCUCAUAGAUUCAAAAAGUCGUCGACGCCAUCCUUGUGGAUUCAAAGAUUAGAGAAAAUCAUGUCUUGUAGAUUCAAGGUUUGACUUUUUUUAUUCUCCACCUCCAGAUUUUGUGUCUUGUGGAUUCAGGACUGGAAGAGGUUGAAUCUUGAACAGUAAUUUCUACAAGAUGCACCCUCGCAUCAGCUCCUGGGGAGAAUUCAGAUCCUCCCACUGGCCGCGGAGGCUGAAUAAAAUGAGAGAAAGCAGCACCCAUCUUCGUCCGCCGCCCCUCAUGUGACUGUCCUGUCGCAUCUCCCACGGCAGCAGCAGCAGUCGCCAGGCUGCAAGCCAAGCUGCCCCACAGGGUCAGGAAUUUUUCUCAAGAUGUUAUUAGACGCAAACCCCUCUAAUCUAUAAAAAAAACCCAUUAAGGUAACAUAUCGUAGAGCUUUUUAUCAUUUAGAACGAGCCGCCAUAUUAGAGAAAUAUUGAUCAUUCUAAUCUACUAAUUUGAGUAUAUAACAGUGCUAUGAUACAUAGAUUCAUGGGUUUACAGGGUAAAGUCGAGGGAGGAGAGGGGGUCGGAGCACUGGUCGCAGGUGAAGUUGGAGGAGGGAAGGUUCGCCGGAGGAGGGCGGCGGUGGCCGGAGCAGAAGGGGCGGUUGCAGAGGCUGCAUUUGGGGAGGCGGAGCCAGCAGCUCAAGCAGAGCGUAUGUGAGCAAGCGGACUCCUCGCCGGCGCCCUCCACGCACCCGCCGCACUCCUCGCAUCGCACGAUGCAGAAGCCGCAUCCCCUGCACGCCGCCCGCCCAACACUCGCCGUCCUGCAAGCCACCACAGCCAUCCCGUCAGCCAUUAUUCCAAGCUCUUCCAGAACUCUCUCUCUCUCUCUCUGUCGUUCUCUAUGUUGAACUGGGAAGAAGCUUAUGUUGGACCGACGAAGAAGGCUCUAUCAGCGGCAGAGAGGUCUGCCCAUCUCUCUCUCUCUCUCUCUCUAUCAAGUUACGUACCUGCAUCUCUCCCUGGUGCAGUCGAGCACGAUCCUCACGGCGUCGCAUCUGGGGCAUACGUCGACGUCGAUGGCGUGACCUUCGGCGCCGCCGCCGGUGGCUCCAUCCACCGGCGGCGGGAGAAGUGAACGGAGGACGUUUAAAUGGUCCUUUCCCAGGUGAGGGAUCCCGUAGACUCCGAGUUGUACAAGGAGGCUCCUUUUCUCCUCCUCCUUGUCCUUGUUCUCCCUCUUCUCCUUUUUAUUCUUCUUCUUCUGCUGCUGCUCGGCAAGGCUCGUCACCAACCCCACCACUCCGUCCGCCGUCAGGCGAGUGCAACCGGGGACGUUGAUCUGUGACCACCCGGAGUUAGAAGGCUCGAUAUACGCCAAACCGAGAUCAAAUCGUGCCAGUAUCCCGCAGAGUUCUAGGUAGAUAG